AUGGCGGCGCCUAUGGCGCGAGCCUUCCUAGGGACGGUAAGGAGUUGGAGACGAUUGGAGGGCAUCUCGACGAGCACUUUAGGUGUUCGCAGCCUGGCACUUGAAGCCGCAGCCCCGAAAAGUCUUUCUCCAUGGCGCCUGUUGGGUGCAUUGUGCCUUCAGCGGCCACCGCUGGUCUCGAAACCGCUGACUCCAUUGCAGGAGGACAUGGAGGCUCUUCUGAAGCAGAUUGAGAAAGAACGAAGCCUGUAUUCAGACCACGAGCUGCGUGCUUUAGAAGAAGCCCAGCGAUUAGCAAAGAAGAAAGGCGACCUCUAUGAUGAAGAUGAUGACCAGGAGAUACUGCUGGUGCAGGACUUGGAAGAUAUGUGGGACCAGUCAUUUCAGCAGUUCAAACCUGGAGCUCGCGUAACAGAAGCUGAUGAGAAGAAUGACCGCACCUCACUGCACCGGAAGCUAGACAGGAACCUCGUCUUGUUGGUCAAAGAGAAGCUUGGAGACCAGGAUAUUUGGAUGCUGCCCCAGACAGAGUGGCAGCCUGGGGAGACGCUGCGGGGAACAGCUGAGAGAGUCCUGGCCACACUGUCAGAAAACAACAUUGAAGCCAAGUUCUUAGGAAAUGCACCCUGUGGCCACUACAAGUUCAAGUUCCCCCAGGCAAUGCGGACAGAGAGUGACCUUGGGGCCAAAGUGUUCUUCUUCAAAGCACUGCUACAAACUGGAGACUUUUCCCUGCAAGGGAAGAAGGACCGGCAUGUGUGGGUCAGUAAGGAGGAGCUGGGUGACUAUCUGAAACCAAAAUACCUGGCGCAGGUCAGGAGAUUUCUCUUGGACUUUUGA